AUGGAUCGAGCAAAGAAAGGUGGGACAUAUACUGCGAACAGAAAUCACAGGAUUUACAUGGACCUCAAAGAUAUUGUUAGAGAGCACGCCCUUCGUUACCUUCCUGCUAAAUCACUUUGUCGAUUCACUAGUGUUUGUCGGGAUUGGAGGCUUUAUAUCUCGACUCCUUUCCUUGCCCACAACCAGUCAAAUUCUUUUGGUGAUGUAUCAGGCCUCUUUUGUCAAUCUGAUUCGUCCUUGCCAUCAUUUAUUUCCCUUGACGUAAUGGCAUAUGGAGUACCAGACCCAUCUUUGAAGUUUUUGCCUGAAUUGGUCGAUAUCAGGUGUUCUUCCAAUGGACUUCUCUGUUGCCAGGGUCAUGCAGGAUACAAAGCCUACUACAUCUGCAAUCCUGUUACACGGCAAUGGAAGAAACUUCCCAGACCGGAUGCUAACCAUGGGUCUGACCCAGCUCUAGUGCUUGUCUAUGAGCCAUCAUUGUUGAACUUUGUGGCUGAAUACAAGCUGAUUUGUGCAUUUCAAUCUGAUCUGGAUGGAUUAGAAUUUGAGAUUUAUUCCUCUGUAGAAGGAUCUUGGAGAACUUUUGGUGAGAUUUGCUUCGGCAAUCGACGGAUUAUUCCCUCUACAGGUGUUUAUGUUGAUGGUGUUAUUUAUUGGCGGUCAGAGAGUUUGCGCAUUGUUGCUUUUGAUCUUGCAAGUGAACGGUCAACACUUCUGUACCUGCCUUUACGAUCUGGUGCGCUAGGUGUGGCGAAUGGGAAACUUUGCAGUGCUUCCAUGCACGGUUCAAAAGUAACUGUAGCAGAGCUGACGAAUGCCUACACAAACACAAUGCAAAUGAAUAGCAAAACAAGAGCAUGGGAAACGAGAGAUAUCACUUUAAACUAUACGGUGUUCGAUGGGCGCAGUGAUAACGGAAUUCUGGUAUUUAUAGGUGAAGUUCUGGUGAUUCAGUUGGGGAGGACACUUAUUUCGUGCCACAUGAAGACUGAACAUAUCAAACAAUUGGCUACUGAGGAUGAGCAUCAUGCAAGGAUGAUUCCCUAUGUGAACAGCCUAGUUGAGGUCUAG